CGUUGCUGACCGUCGUGGAGUUCGGAUAGCGCGGCAUGUGAAAAGGCAGGGAAGACGCGAAACUUGUGGCUCUAAGAUAAGACUUGAAAAUGAAGUGACAUCGGACAUUUAGCCCGUGCCCCCAGAGGAGAUUUCCAGUAACAGCCAUGUGCUUCUCGUUGUAAACGUGUUGCAAAUCGGAGAAAAACCUGUGGAACAAAACUGCUACGUGUGGUGACUGGUGUACGGAUUAGCGUGUUUGAGUUUCAUAGGGAACAAGUGUUAUGCUGAACUAGUGACAAUGGAAUUUAUACAGAUUAAAGACAUAAGGCCAGGUAUGAAAAAUUUAAACGUUGUGUUUAUUGUCCUCGAAGUUGGUCAUACUACCGUCACAAAGGAGAAUCGUGAAGUGCGAACAUUCAAAGUUGCGGAUGCCACUGCCUGUGUUAACGUAUCCGUGUGGGAUGAGCCUGGACAGCUGAUCGCUGCUGGAGACAUUAUUCGACUGAUAAAAGGUUAUGCCUCGGUGUGGCGUAAUUGUUUAACCCUGUACUCAGGAAAGAAUGGGGAGGUGCAGAAAAUAGGUGAGUUUUGUAUGGUGUUUAAUGAACAGCUAAAUAUGAGCGAACCAAAUCCAGCAUUGACCUCACAGCUGGUAAAUCAAAAUUCUGCAUCUCAGAAUAACAACAUGAACAACUCGAAUAGUGCAAACAGCAGUAAUGGCGGGUUAAUAAACAGGCAUUCUGCAUCUGCUCAGGCACAACCUACACCUCAGAUGAACUCAGUGGCCCCUGCUAAAAGCACCUCAUCCAGUUCAAGGUUUUCAAACGAGCAGACUAGCAAUAACAAAUCUCAGGGCAAGGGCAAUCAGAGAGGGAAGGGGAGCCACAGAAACGGUUCUCGAGGGGAAAGAAGAUAAUACAGACCACAGAAUUCCUGGACCUUUGCCUGACAAUAGACUGACAAACCAUUUGUAACUGUGAAAUCAUUAACAUGAAUUGUAAAUUGCCUUCAGUGUACAGGUAGAUGAUAAAUGCAUCUACUACUGUAGUAAUAAUUUCGCAAAUUAAUUGUACAUUAAUCGAAAAAAAUUCAAUAUAUUUAGCUAAACGAAA